CCGGGAUGGGCAGGGCAGGGACGGGGAGGGGACGGACGGGGCUGGGGCGCGCAGGCGGCCGCAGCAGCGCUCGCAGCAGCCGCAGCCGGCGCGGCCGGGAGCCUCGAGAUGCCCAAGAGGAAGGUGACGGUGGCGGACGGGGACGCCCCCGAGGAGCCCAAGCGGCGGUCGGCGCGGCUCUCCGCGAAACCCGCGCCUGCCAAAGCAGAGCCGAAACCUAAGAAGUUACCGGCAAAGGACAAAUCUGAGGACAAGAAAGCUCCGUCAAAGGGGAAGAAGGGGCCUAAAGGAAAACAGACAGAAGAGACAAACCAGGAGCAGACAAAGGACAACCUGCCUGCAGAAAAUGGGGAAGCUAAAACUGAGGAGACCCCAGCACCUGAUGCAGCUGCAGAGAAAGAAGUGAAGUCUGAGUGACACCUGCUCCCACAUCUGUAACUGGUGGUCCUUAAAUCUUUCUUCUUGUACAAUUCAGAGGAAUAUUUUUAUCAACUAUUUUGUAAAUGCAAGUUUUUUAGUAGUUCUAGAAAACACGUUUUUAAAAAGGAGAGAAUCCCGACUCAACCCAUUUUUUUACAUAUUUAGAUAAGUGUAAAUGCUUUUUUUAAGUGGUAAAAUCAUGUACUGGUUGUCUGUUUUCUAUGAAACCAGAAAUUAACGGUGUGUUAAUUAAGGAGAGGGCACUGAGGCCGUGAUUAGACCUCACGUUCCACAGACUCCAAGGGACAGUUUUCUAUCCUAUAAAAUGAAGCAGAACACAGAUCAGACUUUGGAAUUCAUAAUGAUGUGUUGAGAAUGUCUUAACAUUUUAGUUAUUUAUCUUUCUCUAUCGUUGUACCAUCAGUAGAAUUGCUUACCUAAUAAAACUGCUCCCUAGUGGUGGAUUUCUUGCUGAGUGAUGUAUAUCAGUGACAAAGUUAUUUUUGGUAGUUGCAGCUUUAUUUUUUUCCAACAACUUUGUAGCUGUGAUGCAAAAGAUUGGAAACUUUUAUUUUUUAUCUUUAAAUACUGUCUUAAGUAAAGGUUUCUGCUUGGCAGAUGGAACUUGUUAUGUCAAUAUUUGAGAUACUGGAACUUCUUCACAUCUAGUUUUCAAGGACAGCUUGUCUACAAAGAUUGAGUGAAAAAUAUUUGAAAUAGUGCUAGGAAAAAAAAAACAGAAUUAGUUUUUAGAUUUAAAAAAAAGCUCUGUGAAUAAAAACAAUUGUAAAAUUGUUGAUAGUGUUUGUGAUCACCAAACAAAAGCCAAAUAAAUCUUGAUUAUGAAAGGA